GCAGCCCGCCGGGCUGGAGCGGGAUCGGGAGCGGAGCGGCGCCCCCUCCCCCGGCCGCGCCAUGGGUGACGCGUUCCGGAGGGCGGAGUCGGGCACUCAGCUGCUUGCACGCCUUGAGGGCAGAAGUUCUCUGAAAAACCUUGAACCUAAUCUGUUUGCUGAGGAAGGAUCUCCUGUUCAUGGAGAUGUCAUUGAAUUCCAUGGUCCAGAAGGAACAGGAAAAACUGAGAUGCUUUAUCACCUGGUAGCCCGCUGCAUCAUUCCAAAAUCAGGAGGGGGACUGGAAGUAGAAGUCAUGUUCAUUGAUACAGACUACCAUUUUGACAUGCUUCGUCUCGUUACCAUUCUUGAGCACAGAUUGGAGCAAAGCACAGAAGAGAUGAUGAAGCGCUGCCUGGGAAGGCUUUUUCUUGUGAACUGUAACAGCAGCACCCAGUUACUUCUUACCCUUUAUUCUCUAGAAAACAUGUUUUGCACUCACCCCUCUCUCUGCCUUUUGAUUUUAGAUAGCAUAUCAGCUUUCUAUUGGAUUGACAGAAGUAACGGAGGGGAGAGUCUUAACUCACAGGAGAUGAAUCUGAAGAAAUGUGCAAACUUUCUUGAAAAGCUUGUGAGGGAGCAUCACUUAGUCCUCUUUGCCACAACACAGUCCAUUAUGCAGAAAUCUACAAACUCUGCAGAAGGCUUCUUUCCUUUAAAACUUCAGAGUGAAAUUGAUGCAGACUAUCGGCCUUAUCUUUGUAAAUCAUGGCAACAAAUGGUAACCCACAGGAUAUUUUUUUCCAAGCAAUUCAAUUCUGGCAACAGCACAGGUUUUACACUCGUUUCUUGCCACCUCAAAAAAAAACAUGUAGCAAAACGUUCAUUUAGUAUUGCAGAAUGUGGAGUUCAGUUUUAAUUUCAGUUCAUCUUUUAAACUUCUGGCAAGCCUUGGUGCUUAGGCCUGAUUAGCUCUAGGUAGGUUUUAGUACCUUCUAAACGAGCUGUUUGUUGCUGGGUGAUUAAGAACUUUUGUCACAAAUUUCUUUAACUCAGAGAAGGGCAGAACGCCUUAACAUUUUUUAACUACUGUGGAUGUUCAGUCUCAGCUUGUGAGGAAUGUUGCUAUUAUUUGUUCAUGCUUAAUGCAGAAAAGAAAUUAAAUCAAGAAAAUGAUGAGUGAAAUCA